AAUCGGUCCCUGGGUCGUUCGUGCGUGCACCACGUGACAAAAGCAGAGCACCUGGUUGGUCCACGGUCACGUGACCCCUCACGCACACCAGAUUGUAAUUUGGCGGGACCUUCGGGUCGUGUUCUCCACCACGUGCAGAGUUGACCUUUUUCCGCUUGCGACUUUGUGACAGAAGAGUGGACGUUUUCGCGUCCAUGCCAUCCCCCAUGUAAAUAACCACGUAUUGUCAUUGAUUUUGAAAAAGUCGUAUCCUGUGCCUAAUUAACCGAGGCGGGGUCACCUAUCAAUCACGAGCAAGUAGCGGAGUAACCGCGCGCAGCCAUGAUUGGGGUGAGCGGUGACUUGCUCCUUCCCACUGGCCAAGAUGAGGAGCCGGUAGCCAACCUGCUCUCCAGCGAAGAGGGGACCGGUGCGGACGGUGACGACGGCGCUCUUUCCCUGGCCGAGGCCCUCCUCCCCGUUUCUGACCCCCCGUUGCCCCAACUCCCGUGGGUGUGCUCCACCCGCUACAAGACGGAGCUCUGCGCUCGCUACGCCUCCACGGGCUCCUGCAAGUAUGCCGAGCGCUGCAGUUUCGCCCACGGCCUGCGCGACCUCCACGUGCCCUUUCGCCACCCCAAGUACAAGACGGAGCUGUGCCGGAGCUACCACUCGGCGGGCUACUGCUACUACGGAAGCCGCUGCCUCUUUGUCCACGGCGCGGCCGAGCAGCGGCCCGUUCCGCGCCGCGCCCGCCGAAACGUGCCCUGCCGCACUUACAGCAACUUUGGCAUCUGCCCCUACGGCACGCGCUGCAACUUCCUGCACGUGGACAAGAGCGCCGCCAACCUCCCCGGGGCGCGCAAGCCCCAGCCCCAGCAGCAGCAGCAGCAGCAGCGGCGGCGGGAAGCUUUCUGCCACACCUUCAGCGCUUUCGGCUUCUGCGUUUACGGCACGCGAUGCCACUUUCGGCACGCCGUCCCCAACGCGGUGAAAAGCGCCGGCCCGAGCAGCGCCGGCCCGGCCUCGCCCGCUCUGGAGUCGCCGUCGGUGUCGCCCUCCGCCUCCCCGCGGCCCCACAACGCCUUCACCUUCUCCAGCCGGCACCUGGGUGACCUGAUGCUACCACUGGCCUUGCAACUGCAGCAGAUGGAGAGCAACAAGGCCUGCAAUGUGUGGGAGCAAUAUCAAUACUGAACACUCCAAAAUAUUUUUGAAAGCGGAGUAGCUUUUAAAACGAUUUUUUUUUUUAACCCAUACAUUGCUUUUUCUUGAUACUUUUAUUUUAAUUUUUUUAAGCAUAGCUUGUGUGUUUCUCGACCAUUAAGCUCGAGUUGGACAGUCAUCCUGAAUCACAAGUGUAAUUUAAUUGCUAACUGUUGUACAUACUGGGAGGAAUGACGAACCCAAAUAAAAUGAU